AAGAAAGGAAUAACAUUUAAAAGAAUCAAAGUAAAAAAGCAUCAAACAAGUUCCACGAGAUAAAGCAACCAGGAGCUUUUACAGAAGCAACCCACCAAAAGAAAGAGUGAGAGAGAGAACUGAAAACUUUUAUUUUCUGCUGAUGAUUGUAGAUAGUUCUUGGCCAGCGGCUUUGAAGAGGAGAAGAUUCACUAUCAUUGAUUCCAUGGAGGUUGCAUCAGCCAAGGCUAAGCUUGCUGCUGCAAAAGAGAAAUUUGGACGAGAAAUUCAUGUCCUUGAAACUGCAGGACUAUUGCCAACACAAAAUGAAGUGUCCAACACUGCAGAGGAAUCAGAUGACUUCUAUGAGUUCACUGAAGAUGAUUAUUAUCGACUAAUGGGAACUAAAAAGAAAGAUAAGUUCUUGAAGACACGAAAAAUUCGAGAAGCAGAACAGGCAGCACAAAGAUCUAGAAUAACAAAGGCUGUGAUAAGGGUUCGCUUUCCUGAUAACCACACAUUAGAGGUUGCUUUUCAUCCAUCAGAGACAAUUCAGAGCUUGGUUGACCUUAUCAAAAAAGUGAUUGCUCGACCAGAUUUACCAUUCUAUUUAUAUACUACUCCUCCUAAGAAGCAAAUAAAGGACAUGACACAGGAUUUUUUCUCUGCUGGUUUCAUUCCUGGUGCAAUUGUGUAUUUUUCGUAUGAUCUGCCAAAAGGUGAUGAUGCAGCUGCCAAUUCAGCCCCCUUCCUUCAAGAUGAGAUCAUGUCUUUGAAAGGUUUGGAAAUCAUCGCUGAGCAGCCAGAGCCAGUUCAAUCUGCCCCAGAACCUGCUGCUGCCAGAGCAGUACCCUCCACCAUUGCUCAAGAAAGGAAGGCAUCUGAGAAAAAACCUGCCAAGCCAAAGUGGUUUAAAAUGUGAUUUGACCACUGCAAAAGUGAGCUUGUUAUUCCCUUUUGAGAGGUGUGAUUCUCCAUCCAUAUCUCCAUAGUGAUGUUGAAUCUUGGCCUUGUUCCUGUAGGAGAGUUUCAGCAUUUGAUCUCAACAGUCUUGGACUCCAACAAUCUGUCAAUUGUAAUGCCAGAUCAUAGGAGAAAGUUGUUAAAUGGUGUCUAACUGGUUACACUUUUCAUAUGACCCUAGUGAAGGAUGUUAAUACUUACAGGGUUAGAUGCGAAUAUAUUGGUGUAUUUCAUUAAUAAAAUAAAU